AUGAAGCUUUCCCUCUCGCUCGCUACCGUCCUUACUCUCCUGCCGAUGCUCGUCACCGCGUCCAGCUCGCCCUUUAUCGAGCGUAGUAUUCAUGAUACUGCCUAUCUGCGCGCAGGUUUGGACGCAAUCCCGACAUAUUUGGGCGCCAAAAUAAUGCAGCGGAUCGUGCAGCUACCGCGCAACGCGCAGCGCAGCAAACCGCCGCCAAGGGCCCAGCAGGAGCAGCAGGCCGCCAUUGACCGCCAGCGAGCUGCAAUCGCAUCGUCUGCUGCCGCUCAGCAAUCAGCGGCUGCUGAACGAAACCGCCAAGCCGACAUUGCCAAUGGAAACAACCGAAACGGUGGAAACGGAGGAAACCAGCAGAACAACAAUGGUCAGAACAACAAUAACAAUAACGGUGCUACACGAACAACCUCUGCGGCUGCAGCUGCAACCACCACGGCCAAUAACGGAGGCAAUAACAACGGGAACAACAAUAACAACAACGGAGGGAACAACAACAACGGAGGAAACAACAACAACGGAGGAAACAACAACAACGGAGGAAACAACAACAACGGAGGAAACAAUGGUGGAAACAAUGGUGGAAACAAUGGAGGAAACAACAACAAUGCCAUCACACUUGAUCCCUCCCUCGUCGCAUCCAACCUCGCAAAGACUGGACAAGAGACGCCAGCGGCCGGUCAAGUCGCAUCUCUUACGUCUACGAACAACUUUCUCAACUUUUGCGCUGGAAAGACGAUCACCAACGGCCAGCAGAUCACCACGGGCUCAUGCAACCCAAUUCCAAUCGGCGAUGUUGCGCCCAAAGCAAACAUGCCUUCGUGCAAGUUUGUGAACCCGAUCAACUUUUCGACUAUUCCAGCCAACAGGGACUUCACGAUCCAGAUGAAGUUGAACAACCUCCAAGCGGGCGUGUUCACGAAUGCGCAAAAGACGUACUAUAUGGCUCCGCAACAGCUGAAUGCUCAAGGUGAUAUCAUCGGACAUACCCACUUUGUCGUUCAAAAGAUGGGUGCGUUUGACGACCCGACCAUCCUCGACGCCGGAACGUUCCAGUUCUUCAAGGGUAUCAACACCGCUGCGGUCAAUGGCAUCGUGUCGACUACGGUCACCGGUGGUAUUCCCCAGGCAACUACCGCCUUGCGAGCAUCAACACGGAUGCUAACCAUGCUCGGCCAUCGUCGCUGUUGCUCAACACGGUUUCGUGGACGACAUGAUUUACUUUACUGCCGAGUAAACGUUCACCUCACUCCUCAACAAGGAAUGAGAUCCGAGGGCGUAAAGCCAGAGCCUGGCGGGCGGACAAGCACUUGGUCCCUAUCACUACAUACAACAAUACUAUCGCUUGCUCAAGUGACCGAGCCUUCCAUCAUGGAUAUUAGCUUCACAGAGGAAACUCAAAGAUAUGGCCCCGGAUACGGCGACUUUGUCCUCCAAUCCAGCGAUGGAAAGGACUUUCACUUUCCACGCGCCAUUCUCGCCUUUACCUCUGGCUUCUUCAAGGACAUGUUCGAUCUUCCGAACUCUUCGACAGCAGAGGGAACUCCUGAGAAGCCACUCGUCCUCACUGAGUCUAGUCAACUCGUUCAAAUGCUGUUGGAUGUUGUCAAUCCCAACGCGCCUUCUCCUCCACUUGUGCUCGCAAAGCCAAAGCGGCGCACAAAUAUCGAAUCCCUUGUAUCUUUCGUUGGUUUGAGAAAGAAGCUAUUAGAGCCCAGGUGA